ACUGACAACAAACGUAGAUCAGAUCCAAUCAGAUCCUACAGAUUUUGUUGAAAUCGAAAAAAAUCCACUUUGAAACGCAGCAAGACAAAAAAAAAUCAGCUACAAUUUGUCAGCUAUUUUUGUAGCUUGAGUGCAUAAGUAGACUAGAUUACAUUUUUUUGUUUAAUGUGUGCUAGAAAUGAAUAAAAAUUAUGAAAGAUGUACCCACUGUAAUCGACGUAAAUGGCUUACAUCAGGGUGCCUGCGAAAAUGGUUGAAGCCAAUGGAAUGUAAACAUUUGCAACGAACCAUUGAUAACAAGCGGGAUUUUAAUAACACUGAUAUAGUAAAUUGUAUUUUUCUACCAGAACGUAAGCCUGCUGUGAACACAAACAAGUUCGUAAAAUUCUGGAAGAAUAAGUUGUUUAUUAGUGGUAGUGUUAGAUCCUUACAGCGAUAUUUUGGCAAUAAAAACGGUGGUGGUGACCAUAUAUGCAAUUUAAACAUAAAUACAUAUCCCUCUACUUCUACUGACAAAUGCGUUGCAUCCCACAUAACACGCGAAAUGAAGAAAGAUGUUGAAUCUAACAAACAAACUAUUAUGUGUCAGCACUCAGAUGGUCACUCAGUUCUUCGUGGACAUCACCAACACGCCUCACUCGAAACAUGUGCUAUAUACUGUCAAUUAUCCAAGCAUGGCUGGUAUUGGGGAGGCAUUACAUCCAGUGAGGCUGAAGAGUUGCUAGCAGGGCAACAUGACAAUGUAUUUCUUGUCAGAGACUCAUUUGAUUCGAGACACAUAUUGUGUGUUUCAUUUAGAUGUGUUGGCCGCACAUUACAUGCACGUCUCAGGCAUGCAAAUGGACUCUUUUCCCUGAACAAUGAGACAUUUGUGCCAGCAAACAGAAUAUCAGAGCAUUGCGCUGCUGUGGAUGUCAAAUCCAAUCUCUUUGAGAUGGAGGUGACAGUGAAAUUAGCAAGGCCUUUGAACAGAUUUGCAAGACUGGAUUCAUUGCAGAUGAUUUGCAGAUUUGUCAUUAGACAAACUGUCGCAGCUAAUGUUUGGAAUAAAUUACCACUGCCUCCAAAUUUAAUAGCUUAUGUGUCUCAGGGCAGUGAUUACAUAGUACCCUCAUAGCUAGUGCCAGAUAUAAUACUGUGCCUUCAACUCCAAAUGCUCCUCAUAUUGUAAACCUAUUUACAUAUUUUAAUGGACUGUGUCAUCUUAUAUGAAUAGAUAUGUAGAAAGUGUUUAUAAAUUUUAUACAGAAACAAAAUAUUUUAAUAAUAAAAGAAAUGAUAUAUACUGUGAUGCAUGUUUUGAUGUCCUAUAACAAAUGUAAAUGUAUGGUGGUAACACAAGAAAAUAAUGACAACAAUAUUGUUAUUGUAAUCUGUUUUAUUAAACAACAAACUAACAGCACAUAAAUGUUACAAUUUAAUAAUACUACAUACAUCUUGUUGAUAAGGUUUUUUUUAUCAUUUUAUAUUCAAGAUACUCAGCUAUUAUAAUCUUGAAACUACUUCAGUGUAUUUAUUCCCAGUAUAUUUUUAGCCUGAAAAAAAAAUUGCAUAUAUAAUUGCACAUACUAUUUUUAGGUAAUUUAAUAUUGUUUUCAUAUUUUUUAUGUAAGUGUUGUAGAUUGCACUUUCCAGAUUACAUAGAGCAUUUGCUUACAUUACAAUGUGAGAUUAUUAACAUUUUUGAAACUGGGAUUGGCAUUCUCACUAAAAUUUAAUUUAUAAUAUUCAUAGGAAUACAUACAAUUGUCCUAUUAUAAUUGUUAUCUAACUAUUUGUAAGUUUAGAAUAAGUUUUCCAAAGCAGUCAUACCGUGACAAAAGCAGCAGACAAAGUUUGCGGCGCUGCUGACACAGGGUUCAUGUCAAUUGCUGUCUGAAUCAACUGCGCGUCUCGUAUGCGCGAGUUUAUAAAGCUUCUGGUCGCGACGCCUUCCUGACUCUUGUCAGUCAGAUAAAACAGCUCGGACGCCUUGUAAAUGCCCGCCAAACCCACUCGCCGGAUGUACCAAUUGAACUGAAAAUAAUAGUUGCGCAUUAUUAUCUGCUUGCUGCACUGAACAUUGAAUAAAAUAGGUCAAUGCAAAGGUAUAUAUAAUUAAGUUAUACUUCAACAAUUAUCGAAAUGAAAAGAGAAGGUGUAUACCAAGAACACUGAAAUACUUUGUAUUGACAUAUAGUGCAAAAUGAAUCACAUUUCCAUGUUAUUUAAUUUUAAAGAACAAAUACCGUCUAUCCCACUAGUCCCAUUGAAGUAGUAUAAUCUACUACUACUAACCUGUGGAUAAAUCCUUAUGCAUAAUAUUUAUCUAUGUAAGCUCUUGUCAAUACAGGAUUUUACACUAUUGGUUCAUAAGGGGAGUCAAUCACUGCCAUGACCCACUACUGCUUCGUAUAAUUUAAUGUUGAUGAAUAAAUAUUUUUAUUUGGUUAGUUUUUAAUA